AGGAUGUUUCAGGAACCAACACAUUAUCACAGACUCAAUAUACAUCUUCCUUGCUGACCAUUUCCUGACCUGACUCCACCCCUGAGGGACACAGCUCAGCCUUGACCAAUGACUUUAAAGGAUUAGGGGGAACAAAGGGCCAGAAGUUCAGCAGUAAAGAAUAAAAGGCCACACCUUCCAGCAGCAGCACAGACUUGCUUCUGACACUUCUGUGAUCACCAGUAAGCUUCAAGACCUGACCUCAUGGUGCAUUUUACUGCUGAGGAGAAGGCUGCUAUCACUGGCCUGUGGGGCAGAGUGAAUGUGGAAGAGGCUGGAGGCGAGGCUCUGGGCAGGCUCCUGGUUGUCUACCCCUGGACCCAGAGGUUCUUUGACAACUUUGGCAACCUGUCCUCUCCCUCUGCCAUAAUGGGAAACCCCAAGGUCAAGGCCCAUGGCAAGAAGGUGUUGACAUCCUUUGGAGAUGCUGUUAAGAACAUGGACAACCUCAAGGGCGCCUUUGCUAAGCUGAGUGAGCUGCACUGUGACAAGCUGCACGUGGAUCCUGAGAACUUCAGGCUCCUGGGCAACGUGAUGGUGAUCAUUCUGGCUUCGCACUUUGGCAGAGAAUUCACCCCUGAGUUGCAGGCUGCUUGGCAGAAGCUGGUGGCUGGUGUUGCCACUGCUCUGGCCCACAAGUACCACUGAAUUCUCCUUUCAGUUCACCAUUUUUGGUCCCCAAUGCCUUCCUUCUACACGUGGGGACUGGAGUUUGGCCUUGAGAGCCCGGCUUCUCUUUAAUAAAGUACAUUCUGUUCAGUGAUCAAAAAUUAA